GCUGAACUACAACAGUGUACAUAGAGCAUAUACUCGACAUGAUUGUUCAAACAAAGUACCAGAGUGCCCUGAGGAUUCCAAAUGAAGCUUUUGCAAUUUCUGCGACACGGAAAGCAGUGUAUUGGUGCACAAGUACGUGGAAAUAGUAUUUUAGAUUUAACUUCUGCGAGUUCGAAAAUUCCAAACAAUGUUGUUGACUUUCUCGCUCGUGGUGAAAACGCAUUGAACUUGGCAAAAAGGUUAACAGAAACCAAUAGCGAAUCUCUUAUUAGUUAUGAUGAUGUAAGUGUGUUGUCACCCGUCACAAAUUGCGAAAAGGUAAUAUGUGUGGGUAUGAACUAUAAAGACCAUUGCGCUGAACUGAAUAUUCCAAUUCCAACAGAACCUGUUAUUUUCAACAAGUUUCCUUCCUCCAUAAUAGGUGAUAAAGAGAACGUAGUUAUUCCUAAGGCGUCUUCCUCAGUAGAUUGGGAGGUGGAGUUGGCCGUUGUUGUGGGGAAAGAAGGAAAACACAUCGAAGAAUCUAAGGCAAUGGAACAUGUUGCUGGUUAUACAGUUGCCCUGGAUGUCAGUGCUAGAGACUGGUUUGGGGAGAAAAACUCUGGGCAGUGGCUGCUUGGAAAAACUUUUGACACAUUUUGUCCCCUGGGUCCAACAUUGGUUACAAAAGAUGAAAUAGCAGAUCCGCACGACUUACCAUUGGCGUGUACGGUGGACGGACAGGUUAUGCAGAGCAGUAACACAAACCAACUGGUGUUCAGUAUUGAGACUUGCAUUGCUUGGAUAUCAAGAGUCUUUACUUUAAAACCUGGUGAUGUGUUGUUGACAGGUACUCCUCCAGGUGUAGGGGCAACGCGGUCUCCUCCGGUGUUUUUAAAGGACGGUGAUACUGUAGUUAGUGCGAUCGAAGGAAUUGGAAAAAUCACAAAUCCGGUUGUCGAGGAAUGAUGAAAUCAGCUAGUGGUCGAAAAUUUUGGUUAUCGUUAGCUUCAAUCGCGUACUGGUCCGCAGAAUCGUAUAACGUGCUUGUAUAUAUCCUGCGCUUGUUAAAAGAAAUGAAAAUGAAAUCUGAAAACGAUA